UACAGUCGUCCCCAUAGAGACAGGCUCCUACUAUAGGGCUCCGUUACACCAGCUAGUCGUCUCUCCCAGACACGAUGACAGCUCUGAAAUGAAAGAGCAGGCAUCUGGACAUUAAAAUUCCCUCGAAAACAGACGCUCGACUGCUUGCCAAACAGAUUUUAUUUUAUUAUUGGAUUAACCACAAUCAGCCGCUAGCCGCAGCAGCAGAAGCUUUAUCCUAAGAGGCCGGACUGGAGAUUUGUGUCGCUGUGCAGGGAGGAGUCCUCUGUUAUUCCACUGGAGGCUGAAGCAGGGCCAGCAGCAUGUCGGCUUUAUAACAACACCUUCCUCUGAAAGCUGUGAAGAGGAGCAAAUGCAGUCUUAAAGGAUGGAUGUGGAGGUGAGUGCUGGCAGGGACAGCACCUGGAGGAGAGGAGCAGGAGCAGGAGCAGCAGGAGGAGCAGAUGAUGAUGCAGGAGGAGGAAGCAUGGAGGCUCAGGUCGUACCACUGGAGCUCUACGACUCUGCAAGAGCCAAGAUAGAUGCGAAUCUGCGCUGGUUGUUUGCCAAAGCCUAUGGUAUAGAUCACAUCCCUACAGACCUGCGGGACCCUUUCUACACCGACCAGUAUGAGCAGGAACACAUCAAGCCCCCCAUCAUCCGCCUGCUGCUGUCUGGAGAGCUUUACUGCCGCGUGUGUGGGCUCAUCCUGCACGCCGAGCAGGCCGCCUUGCUCCAAAGCCACCAGUCUGUCAUCCAGGCCCUGUCUAGGAAGGGCAUCUAUGUCCUGCAGGCAGACAACUCACCUGUCUCUGACCUGGACCUCAGCUCAGCUCCCAUAAAGAUGAGCUCACACAUCCACCUCAUUGACGCCCUGAUGAUGGCUUACAUCGUGGGGAUGAUCAGCAUAGAGAAAGUGGUGUCCAGUGUCAAGCGUUUUUCCAACUUCAGUGCCUCCAAGGAGCUGCCUUUUGACCUGGAAGAUGCAAUGAUGUUUUGGAUCAACAAGGUGAACAUAAAGAUGAGGGAGAUCAUGGAGAAAGAGUUAAAAAUGAAGCAACAUCUGCUGGAUUCACCCAGUCACCAGAAGCCAGAUAUACUGCAUGCCCUCUCACACUGCUUAUUGGAACCUUUGGAGUUCUCUCACGUGGUGCGUUACCGAAGAGAUCACCUGUCAGGUCGGACGCUGCAGCACUUCCCUCUGUUGGACGACCUGCUGAAGGAUGUUUGUGACGGCACAGCUCUGCUGGCUGUGAUACACUUCUACUGUCCAGAACUCAUUAGACUGGAAGAUAUAUGUCUGAAGGAGGUCCCCUCCAUUGCAGACAGUGUCUACAACAUCCAGCUCCUGAAAGAGUUUUCCAAUGAAUACCUAAACAAAUGCUUCCAUCUGAAGCCUGAGGACCUGCUGUAUUCUCCACCAGUACUAAAGAACAACGUGAUGGUCUUCAUUGCUGAGCUCUUCUGGUGGUUUGAGAGCGUCAAACCAGACUUUGUGCAGCCUAGGGACCUGCAAGAAUUCAGAGAUGUGAGAUUACUGCUGCAGCCUAAAGGCUCCCGGCCUCAUGUUCCCAUCUCUGGCAUUACAAAGCGUAGUUUCAUGACAUCAUCAAACUCGGCUGAUGUUUUGACCACGCCCCCAAGUCCUGAUCUCAGCACCAAAACCAACUCAUUAAGCCCGUCUCGCUCGUUACUGCCCCUAAGACAGAAACAGAAAGCAGUUGAAGAGAGCACUGCUGAGCUGAGAAAGAGGUCCAACUCUAUGACACGUUCAGAUGGGCAGCAUCCGGGCUCAAUACUUGCCUGGCCAGAGAGAAGGCAGAGGCCUCUGUCCCAGCCAGCACCCUACGCCCUGCACUACCCGCUGGAGGAAGACGCAGACAGUAUGAGCCUGGCCCGCUCCAUCAGCAAAGACAGCUUGUCCUCAAAUUUCAUGAGCAUCACCCCAAAACACAUGCUGGGCCCUGGCCCUCAUCACAGACUCAGUGGUCAAAGCCUGCUCAGUCACAUGCGCAUCGAGGACGAGGAGGAGGAAAUCGAGGAGGAGGAGCUGGUUUCUGUGAUUCACCCCUCUGUGUUCUCUCGAUGUCGAAUUGGGAGUGACAUGGAGCAGGAUGAACUGGAAAUCCCGAGUGCGACGACUACCUCAAGGGGUUCUAAUAACGAAAGGUCCUUGGCUCCGUUUACGCUGGACCACCAGGCAGACUGCUACUACCUGGAGCCUCUGAUGCCUGCGGUCUCCAAGCCGGCCAAAGAAAAAGGCAUCAGCUUGAACAAGGAGGAGGAGAGCGGGGAGAGUCGCUGUAGAGGAGCAGCAGCCGCCAGGAAAGUGUCAUCAAACAUCCCAAGGCCAUCACAGAGGAAAAGCCCUAUGGCUGAGUCAAACAGAAACACCUUUACGCCCAUACCUGUGGUAGAAUCAGUCUCUAGAUCUCUCAGGCCACCCACAGAGGGAUCAAUAGGCAUCUCUCACCAACCCCAAGGCUUCUUCCUGCAUUUGUCAGAUGAGUCAGAGCGCCAGUCCGCAGUACCAGAGGACGGGCUUGACUCUGACUCAGACAUUGCAGACCUUGAGGAAGAUGAGGAGGCAGAAGAUCAGAUGGAGUUGAGUAAAGAGAUGGUGCAGAGAGUAAAAGGAAGGUACUUCCCAGAAGGAGAGUUGAGUGUAUUUGGAGAGAUUGAUGGUGAGUCAGCCAAACUGAGAGACGACUCAAAGAUAAGCGAGCGGGACGAUAAGGAGGACUACAGCGGACGCUCCAGCCCCUGCCUCAGCACCAUAUCCUGGGCGAGCAGCUGCAGCGCUUCAGGCAGCAACAGUGUCAAAAUGACCAGCUUUGCAGAGAGAAAGCUCCUCAAGCUCGGCCUCCGUGACGGAGUCUCAAGUACCAGCAGCUCUCAGAAGACCACACCAGACGGCUCCGAGGUUGCCUCUUGGCCUCCAUGGCAACAUAAGACUGAGUGCACGACCAGCUGGCUUGCGAAGGAGCAGAGUUCUGUGUUGGGGAAGAGUUUGACGGCGAGUCCCCCAGUAGUGCCUUCAGAGCUGCUGCAACUUCACAUGCAACUGGAAGAGCAAAGACGCGCGAUCGAGUAUCAGAAGAAGAAGAUGGAGAGUCUGUCGGCGAGGCAGCGGCUAAAACUCGGGAAAGCUGCGUUCUUGAACAUCGUCAAGAAGGGUGGAGGGAGGAGCGACACACUCCCACUGCCCCUGAAACACUCACAGUCCACAGAGCUACCAGACCGGAGCAGACUCAAGGCCCAGUCUUGCAAGGACGACUCCUACCUUGAUUCUCUGAAGUUUCAGGUGAAGGCAGCUCAACCAGAGGGAGGACAAGCAAGCCGAGACAACAGGUUGAAAGUUCUGUCCCCGGAUGGUGGAGCGGAACCCAAUCUGAACGAGUGCACCCAUUCCAUCGAUCUGCUCAAUGAAGCUAUAAGCUCCAUCCAGCAGCAGAUGAUGCAGCUCUCUCUGCAGCAAGACAUGCUGAUGAAGCAUGUGGUGUCCCCGCAAGAACAGGUGCAUGUGUUGCCCCCACAGGAACAUGUGCAUGCAGUGUCCCCGCAAGAACAUGUGCGUGCGGUGUCCCCGCAAGAACAUGUGCGUGUGGUGUCCCCGCAAGAACAUGUGCGUGCGGUGUCCCCGCAAGAACAUGUGCCUGUGGUGUCCCCGCAAGAACAUGUGGAAUCAAGCCCAAGCACAACGCCCACCACGACAUUAUCAACCUCCUCUACCUCUGACUCCAGAUCGUUUGCAGUUCACUUCGUAGACAUCGGUGGGAGCAGCCCCGCCCCCGCUCGCCGUCCUCCUAAACUGAGCUCCAGCCAACGCUGCAAAACCCCGGAGCAAAAACAGAGCAAAGACAACAGAAGGAGGGCCUCCAUCAAAUCUGACUCUCCACUGUCUAGAGAUGACUCAAGUCGAGACCAGAAUGAAGGGAGUGCUGCUGAGAGCUUCAGGGUGGAAAAAAGCAUUCAGAGAAAAGCCACGUUCAGAAUCCAGGAUGACUCCAACAAACGCAGCGGCACAGAUGAAAGAGGACCAGACCCACAGGUCCUCACGAGUAUGUCUGCCUUCCACGCUGCAGACCAUGAUGAUGAUAGCUCAGGGAAGGAGGCUGCGGUGGGGGAUGAGAAUGCAAAGGCUAAAGGUCACCUGAUUGAGGUUGACCUGUCAGAGCUUAAGGAUCCUCAUGAGGAUGGCAGAGCAGAUGUUGCAGACUGCACGGCAGAGGGCGAGCAGAAGAACGGGCUCGGCUUCUUCUUUAAGGAUGAGGAGAAAGCAGAGGAUGAAAUGGCGAAACGUCGGGCUGCCUUCCUCCUCAAACAGCAGCGCAAAGCGGAAGAGACAAGACUACGCAAACAACAACAAGAGGUUGAGAGUGAGCUCAAACGUGAUGAAGUCAAGCGGAAGGCUGAAGAGGAUCGUGUACGUAAGGAGGAGGAGAAAGUGCGACGGGAGCUGAUCAAGCAGGAGUACCUGCGGAGGAAGCAGCAAGCGUUGAUGGAAGAGCAGGGCCUGGUCAAGCCCCGCCCACGGACUAAAUCACGCAGGGGCAGGCCUAAGUCUCUGCACCGUGAGGGAUCCAACAGCCUCUCAAAAGGAUCCACCAAAUGUAAUUCUCUGAAGGUGUCCUUGUUGAUCAAAGGGAAGGGCUCAGCAGCAGCAGGCUGCAGGGGAGCUGAACCCAGCUGCAGUCACCGGGGGUCAACUCUCUCUCUGGCCACUGAGGCGGACAGUGUCAUCUCUGGAGGGGCGGAGUCCCAAAGGGCUGGGUCUGUGUGCUCCAUGGAGUCUUUCCCCAUGCUGAGCAGGGCGUCCAGCAGGAACAUGGAGAGGGACUGGGAGAACGGUUCCAUAGCUUCUUCCAUCACUUCAACGGAGUACAAUGGUCCUAAACUCUUCAAGGAGCCAAGCUCCAAGUCUAACAAGCCAAUCAUAAUCAAUGCCAUCGCUCACUGCUGUCUCGCUGGAAAGGUUAAUGAGGGCCAGAAAAAUGCUAUCAUCGAGGAGCUGGAAAAGUGUGAGUCCAAUCACCUGAUCAUCCUCUUCAGAGACGGUGGGUGCCAGUUUCGUGCCAUCUACUCGUAUUCACCGGAGACAGAAGAGAUCGUCAAGUUCACGGGCACGGGACCGCGUGCCAUCACCCGGAAGAUGAUUGACAAGCUCUACAAAUACAGCUCCGACCGAAAGCAGUUCAACGUCAUCCCGGCGAAGUCUGUGUCGGUCAGUGUGGACGCCCUGACCAUCCACAAUAAUCUAUGGCAGGUCAAGAGACCAGGAAGCGCACGCAGGAGCUGAAGGAAAACGAAGGAAGGACACUUGUUUUAGUUUCUGUUUUAUCUAUUUGUGUUGGGCAGGACCCAAUAAUUUGAGGUGAUUGACAUGUAUGAUCAUUGAACUGAUUUGAUAAGGAGGAUUUCUCAUCAGUCGAGAUGCCAGUCUUUAGCAGAAGACGAAACAACUGCCCACUCACUGGAUGAUUUCUUUUUCUUUUGUUACUUUAGCUUUUCGUAUGCAUGGGACACUUUGUUGUUUUGAUUUUUGGGUAUGUUCUACAUUUAUUAGGCACUAUUCAGAAUGCUAAAAUGCUGAUAUAAUGGUGUCAGCUGUGUUCUAGGUUGGCAGAGUGUAUAAACAUGGGAGUCUGUUAAAUCAUCAUUAGCCAUCAAAUGAUGAUCAAAACCUAAAAGAUGGUGGAUUGUGAUCAUCACAGACAUAUUGGGCUCUAUUUCAAGGUGAACUGACAUUUUUAAUAAUUCAUAAUGAUAGCUUAGUUACUAAAUCCAACCAAUUUUGAGUUAGCAUUACUGUCUGGUAGCCUAGCCAGCUAACAUUACUGUUACUAAGGUCCAUAGCUAACAUUACUGCUAGCUAGUUAGCUUACUAACUAACAUUAAAACAAAAAUCUGUUGGUUAGCUAACAUUACUAUUACUGAAUUUCCUUGUUAGUAGUAUUGUUAGCUUGGAGUUGCAGCCUUAAAGCUCGUGUAGGGACCAUUUGUUUUAUAUGGAUUUUGGCGCCCCCUGUGGACAGCCGUGUCUCUCAUCUCUGGGAUGAUUUUGUAGGGAAAAAUGUAAAAAAAAAAAAAAAAAAAAUGUGGCAGUGUGCAGAAUAUUACUUUGUCAGUGCAGGCCAGUGGUUUUAGGCUUCGAACAAAAACUUUUCUCUGAUGGUUUGGUUUGCUCUUGGAGGUCACAGAAACAUCAGUAUUAUAUUAAGUCUGUUUCAUGACCAGCUCAAAAUCCUCACAGGAGCUUUAAUAACACUCCUGAACAAAACUGUUGGCUAGGAAUUGGUUGAAUUCUUAUACUAGCUGCUAAUGUGUUGUUAUCACAUACGUUGUUUUAUCUUGAAUAAUGCGCCAAUGUCCUUCCAGGUUUUUGCCAUGCACUGUCUCAUCAGUCGCUGAUCAUUUAAAAAGCAGUUACAUUAUAACCGAUUGGACAGAUUCCCAAUGUUUACAUGAAAACACAACAGUGUUUGAGCUUCCCGUCCUCGGCGUGAUGUCUCUGGAAAACGGGCGCCAUGUGAAUACAAGGAAUUGAAGAUGGACUAAUACUUACGUAGCAGCAGAGAGGAGACAGACCAAUCAAAUAGCACUGAAACAACUCACAUACGCAAGCACACAAACGGUACUAAGCGCGACUACUGAAAGACAGCAGUGAAAAUUCACUGAAUGUCUUUUAAAGCUAUCUCUGCUUGGCAAAAAAGAAAAUACACUACUGCUGUGAGGCUCAACCUACAACCUGCCCAGAUUAUGAACCAGUGACACCACACUGGUCUGAGCUUUUAUGAAAAAAAGAGCUUUGAUAAAAACUUUUUAAAUCUUUGGCGUGGAUGUUUGUGAGCGAUGAUGUCCAGUCUUGUUUCUGUUUUACUGUGUUUGGAGAAGUGUGAGAGUGUGUUGGGGUAAAGGGGAGGGCUGAAUGCACCACUUGUGUAACCUCUGCUGAAUGUGUCUCUUACUCUUUUGAUUAUGCUUUAAAUCUUUCGUUAUUCAAACAAAACAAUGGAACAAAGCAACAGAACUGUUUUACUUGUUUGUUUGGGAGCUGCUGUGGAAGAUAAAUCAUGUUCUUAAAGCAGGGGAAAUUGUACUAGUAUGUAUUCCAAAAGGGAAGCACUUACGAGAUUGGUACGCCUGUAUGCCUAUACAGCGGUGCAUUGUAAUGUAUUACCUUCAUAUAAUAUUCCUCCUUAUGUAUGAGCCAUCUGAGAUCUCUGACAGGCUCAUAUUGCUCAACUAAGAUGAACUGAGCUCUGCCACUGAGCUGUUUGCUGCUCAUUAACUGCUCACUGGAUUCUGGAGAAAUGGUUGAAUCUAAUGUAGCUUCUGGCGCCCAACACUAGUCAUUUCCCUGCGAUGACAGAUUCUCAGCAGCUGGUGUAAUGUCGGGGAGGGGGGAACCGCACAAUACUUGAUAUUUGUUUGCUGCAUUUUGUACAUUUUUGAGUAGUAUUUUUUGUACAUUACGUACAAGUUAUGUUUACUAAAGGGAGGCACUAUUUUGAGGUUUAUUCUGUUACAGGCUUUGAGGGAUGUUACCAGUAUUAUUUCAUUGUGUUAUAUUUAUGUUUAUUUAUUUUGGAGAGAUUUAAUAAAAAACCCAACUAGGUUUGUUUUCUGA